AUGAAAAAAGUGUCAGAUACUAAUGUUGGUGGCAUCAGUACCAAAUUAUAUUACAUACGGCAAAACAUUAAGAGAAAGCGUAACAAUAGAAACCCAGGCAAUUUUUUGAAUGAAAAACAUCAUCCAAUUAUUCAUGGAGAAGCAAAAGUGUAUCCAUACUUGACUUUCAAGGAUAAAUUGACACAAGUUUGGAUUAAUCAAUACACAUUGUUAUUGUUAUUAAUCUGUGUUAAGAUCUGUUUAUUCAGUUUCUCUUUAAAGUCUUCUUUAUCAGCCUCUGAGUCAUCAACCACAACCACUUGCAAUUUAAUAGACAAGUAUGCCUCAAACAUCAUUUCUGUUCCGCAUUAUACUGCCAAAACAGCCAAUGCGUUGAUUUAUAAAGGGGUCCAAGAAACUAAUUAUGCAUUGGUUGAAGGACUAAAGCUUUUGGUCACCGGUGUUGAAGAAAUUCUCAUUUUUUACAUUGAAGUAAUGCUUGGAACUUAUGUUUGUUUAUUGACGGCUGCCAUCGAUAGUACGGUUGAUAUCGCCACUAAUACCACCGAAUCUAUUAUCGAUCUGGUCAACAAUACUUUGAUUAGUGUCACUAACGAGAUAGAUGAUGGUCUAAACGAUUUGUCGAAGGUUAUCAAUAAUGUUGAAAGUCUUGGAGAGAGCUUUGUUAAUUUAUUCAGUGGGAAUGAUAAUAAUCAAAACCCUCUAAAAACAGUCAAUUUGACGGUUGCAUCCUUAAGAAAUAUAUCAAUCCCCUCAUCAAUCAAUACUGAUUUAGAGAAACUUGCCAAAAAUACUCCUAAUUUUGAUACAGUGGAGAGUAAAACUACCCAAUUUCUACGUGACCUGUUCGAUUUUCUUUAUGGUAAACUUAUAGAUAAUAACACUGAAUUUAUUGGGGAAGCCGAUAGCUUGUCGGUUCCCGAACUCAAAUCCGCACAGAUUUGCCCCAGUCAACUAACAAUCCACAAUAUUUUUUUUGAUGCAGGCAACACUCUUGAAACAGUAUUGAAGGUAAUUUUGGUUGUUUUAGUGAUCAUCAGUAUUAUUAUUAUGGUCCCUUUAUCUUACCUUGAAUAUCGCAAAUGGAGAAAGGUUGAAGCAAUGACUUGUGAAAUUAGUGACUUACAAAAUUCCCUUAAUCUGAAACCACGAAUCUAUGACGUUAUAGAUAAAUCUGCUAACAGAAUCCAGUACUUGGUAUCACAGGCAUUUACAAAGCUCAUUAAGUCACCAAAUCAAAAUCAAAGAAAUGCCAUUCGUUGGAUGACAACCUACUCUUUGACCCCAUCGUCGUUAUUGCUACUUGGGAUUGCCAUGGCAGGCAUUUUGGCUGUUAUAUUACAGCAUUUAAUUCUUUUUUUUGUUUUCAAAUGCCUCAAGAAAGGAUUGUCAGAAUUUAACAAAGAGUCGACUGAUCUUCAAUCAGUGCUUAAAACUGCGGUAUCGGAUUGGACCAACUCCACCAACACUUACCUUUCCAGCACCGAAAGCUCUAUCAAUGAUGGGCUUUUAGGAAUGGUUUAUAAUGCCACCGAAACUGUCAAUACCACAAUCUCGGAGUUCUAUGAUGAUGUGAAUGACGAAAUCACCAAAAUUUUUAAUAAUACUCUAUUUGAGGACCCGGUGCGGUCAAUAGUAAAGUGUGUUAUUGGUAAUAAGAUUGAGGCCGUGGAAAAAGGAUUAACAUGGGUCCAUAAUCAUGCUCUAGUGACUUUGCCUAGGGUGGAAGAGUCAUAUCUUCUGAAUUCCUCCAACUCCAACAGUACUGAUAAUGAAAUGUUUGAUAAAGUGAAAGGGUUUUUGAAGGAUACCGUCGCCACCAUCGUUGCCGAGUACAAGAAAUCUAUAAUGAUAGAACUAAUUAUCUCAUUAGUGUUACUCGGGGUCUUUUUAUUGCAAAUUUUGAUCAGCUGGGGGAUAUUAUGGUUGAAGAAGAAAAAUUUUUUAGAUAAUAGUGAUGGGUUCGGCGAUGAUUCAGACCGAAAAACCUGUCAGACUCAACAAUGUGCUGCUUCGCCAAUAAUAUCUGGCGAAUCAAACCCGUUUGAUGAUAGAUUCAGAUUAGCCGAGCACCGAUCUGAAAAAACAUUAUAUUCUAGUUCCGGUUCUUUUUGGAAAGGACUGCUUGAUAAUUUUGAUACAGAGUCUUCGGGGUACAAUCGAAGCCCGACCAAAACGGAUGCUUCAGAAUAUGAAUUUGAAAUCAUUAAGCCGCCUCCUGUAAAAUAUAGAAAGGUCGAUCAUAAGAACCCGUUCAAUAAAUUAUGA